UCUCUCUCUCUCUCUCUCUCUCUCUCUCUCUCUCUAAAAUUCCAAGCAAAUUACAUAUAAAACAGCUUAUAGAAAUGGAAAACAAUACACAAGUACUAGCUAAGAGAGUGUGGAGCAUGAUACGUGUGGCAUUCUACAUGUUGAGGAAAGGCGUCACAAAGGGAAAGCUCAUGAUGGACCUCAACACCAUGCUCAAACGCCGCCGCAAGCUCGCCGGCAAAGCCAUCACCAACCUCAUGUUCCACCACCACAACCACGCCAACUCGGUCUCAAGCCGACAAUUCACCGCUGCCAGGGAGUACGAGUUCAGCUGCAGCAACACCCCCAACAACUUCUUCACCCUCGGCCACAGCAACAAGCGCCACCGCCACAACAACUUCUUCACGCGCUCUCACGCGCAGCCCACACUUGACGACGACGCCGUGACUGCUAAUGCAGUUAAGGCCGUGCUGGAGAUGCUGAACAAUGAGGCCGUGGCCGAGGCGAUGUCUCCGGCAUUACCCGGGUUCGGGCGGAGCCCUAUGGUGAGGCAGCUGAGGGUGACUGACUCGCCGUUCCCACUGCAAGACAGUGAGAUUGUGGGAGAAAAAGAUAGCCAGGUGGACAAGGCAGCUGAUGAGUUUAUAAAGAGGUUCUACAUGGAGUUGAGGCAGCAAGAUUGAGCAGCAUUGUUCAGUUUCUUUCUUUCUUGAGACAAGUUAACAAUUUCAAUUUUGAUUAUUUGUUAAUUAAAGCAAUUGUUUUGAGCAGUUUUGUAGUAUGUUCUUGUUCAGUUCAGUUGCUGCUUAAUAUAUAUGGACAAUAAAAGAGAAGUUAAGGAGCAUGAUUAACUCUCAA